UCCCAAAAUGGCGGUAUAAGACACGGGGGUGCGCCUGGCAACAUCAAUCGGCAACACGUAACCUUACGUGCCCGUAUACCCGUACUGCAGACGUGAGUUUUCCGGCUCCCAUCAUGGCGUCCGCCCGUGUGUUUGUGGCCGUGUUUGUUCUGCUGAUGUUGGGCGGACGGACAGGGUCUGUCCAUGACGGGCCGCUCCUGCUGCUGGUCUCGUUUGACGGGUUCCGGUACGACUACCUGGACAGGAGUCCGGACAGGGUGCAGCUGCCCAACUUCAAGUAUCUCGUCCAAACAGGUGUUCGUGCAAAAUGGGUCCACAACAGCUUCAUCACCAAAACAUUCCCCAACCAUUUCACCAUCGCGACGGGCAUGUUUGAAGAAAACCAUGGGAUCGUCGCCAACACUAUGUACGACCCCGAACUGCGCGAAAUGUUCCAUCUCAACACCACCGAUCCAAAAUGGUGGGACGUCGGCGGCCAGCCCAUCUGGAUAACCAAUCAGAACCACCCUGGCGGUAAGAGCGGGGUUCUAAACUGGCCCGGCAUGGAAGUCAAGUUCAACAACACCCUACCAUUCAGACACCUUCCUAUCUACAACAAAACCAUGCCCUACCACGAAAGAAUAGACACUGUGAUCGGUUGGUUCAAAGACUCGGAAAGUCCCAUCAACAUGGGCGUCCUCUACUUUGAAGAACCGGAUCAUACCGGUCACUUGUCUGGCCCAGAGUCCAAGGAGAUGGACGAGACAUUAGACAUGGUGGACAAGACCGUAGGGUACCUCAUCGAUGGGUUGAAGGCAGCAGGACUGUUUGAGAGAGUGAACUUGAUCAUCACGAGUGACCAUGGUAUGACAGAGGUGUCCCAGGACAGAGUGAUUGAGCUGGACCGUUACCUGGACCCCAGUACUUACCUGUGGGUGGAUAAAACACCUGUGACGGCCAUCUGGCCACAUGACGAAGUGACCAGGGAACACAUCUACACAGCGCUGCACAAUGCUCAUCCGAAGAUGCACGUGUACUACAAGGAGGACAUCCCAGCCCAGUACCACUACAGACACAACCGGAGGAUCAUGCCUGUCAUCGCAGUGGCAGAUCCUGGAUGGACAAUUGCACAGAACCAUACGUCUAGCAGGGAGUGGAACUUGUACAAAGGUAACCAUGGUUACAACAACAGCUACCUUCCCAUGAACCCCCUCUUCGUGGCCCACGGACCAGCCUUCCGCACCAACCUCCUGUCUGAACCCUUCAACAACGUGGACAUCUACCCGCUCAUGUGUCACAUCCUGGGUCUGGACCCACAUCAGAACAACGGCAGUUUCGACAACGUGGCCCACCUGGUGAAGAAACCUACCAGUUGGGGGCCGCCACCCUCCACACCAGAAAUCAUAGGGGUUGCCAUUGGUCUCCUGCUAGUGUUGGGUGGCUGUAUAAUUGGCUGUGGGAUCUACAUGCAGAGAUUAGAGAGGAGUGAGUCCAUUAAACAGGCCCACUACACCAACCUAGGCAAGGCCCACUCAGAGGAGGACGGUGACCUGGCUGACAAGGAACCUUUACUAGAGGCUGAGGGGGAUGUGUAGGGAACUUAAAAUAUGUAGUCAGUAUGUCGGUAGAAUGUACUGCACCUGCGCGAAACCCGUAAUGUAUUGUGCAUAGCACUUUGGCAGAAUGGCUCCUGUAAGGUCGUAUUUGCAAGGUUAAUACUUCUUUAGACUCUGUA